GCGAGCCGGGGGGCCGCGUCCUUACGCCCCCCUUCCGGGUUUCGCGGUCUCCUUGACGACCCGGCGGCCCGCAACGGCGGCGGGGACCAGUCGUUGAGCCUGUGAGCUGAGCCGGGCCUCUAAGGACCUCGCCCAACUGGGCCUGGCCAGCGCCGGAGAGACUCGGCUCCGUACGCGCAGGGACUAUGAGAAAAUGGUCGGGAAAAAAAGGAAAAAGCCCAAAAGAGGCGACUCCAGAGCCGUUACACUCUCUCCGCUCCAUGCAGUCUGGGCGCCGGCGCAAGGCCACCGGAGCCCGGGAGCCCGAGACGGAGGAGAAGCCGCAGGGGAAGGUGGAAAAGCCCAAGAAAACUUCGCCCGUAGGCAGGGGCAGCCUGCCCCGGGGCGCCCGGCAGUGCCCUCCGCAGAGGUCCCAAAACCUGAAGGCGCAGAGUGCGACUGAAGUGGUCACGAGGACCCUGCUCGGCCGCUUCCACUUCGUCAGCAGUUUACUGUAUCACCUCCGCGACAAGGUGCAUCUAUUAAGACAUCAGUUCUUGAGCAGGACCUACUUCGCCAUAGCUGCCUUUUGGGGAAUUUUGCACUGGAAACAUUUAAUUACACUUUGUGAAAAAGAUCGUCAUUUUUCUCACCUCUCAUCUUUGGAACGGGAGAUGACGUUUCGCUCUGAAAUGGGACUUUAUUAUUCCCAUUUCAAGACCAUUAUUGAAGCACCUUCAUUUUUGGAAGGACUGUGGAUGAUUAUGCAUGACAGGCUCACAGAAUAUCCCCUUGUAAUUAAUACAGUGAAACGCUUCCAUCUUUAUCCAGAGGUGAUUAUAGCCUUCUGGUAUCGUGCAUUUGUGGGAAUAAUGGAUUUACUUGGUCUAGAAACUAAAACGUGCUGGAAUGUCACCAGAGUAGAACCUCUAAAUGAAAUUCAAAGCUGUGAAGGAUUGGGAGACCCUGCUUGUUUUUAUGUUGAUGUGGUUUUUAUUUUAAAUGGAGCAAUGAUGGGAUUGUUCUUCAUCUAUGGUGCAUACCUGAGUGGGACUCAACUUGGAGGUCUAAUUACAGUAGUUUGCUACUUUUUCAACCAUGGAGAGGCUACUCGUGUGAUGUGGACACCACUUCUCCGGGAAAGUUUUUCAUAUCCAUUUCUUGUAAUUCAGAUGUAUGUUUUAACUUUGAUUCUCAGGACUUCAGACAAUAGUAGAAGGCCUUUCAUAGCCCUCUGUAUUUCCAAUGUUGCUUUUAUGCUUCCCUGGCAAUUUGCUCAGUUUAUACUUUUUACACAGAUAGCCUCACUGUUUCCCAUGUAUGUUGUGGGGUACAUUGAGCCAAACAAAUUUCAGAAGAUCAUCUAUGUGAAUAUGAUAUCAGUUCUCCUUUGUUUUGUGUUGAUGUUUGGAAAUCCAAUGUAUCUGUCUUCUUACUAUUCUUCAUCUUUGUUAAUGACAUGGGUGAUACUUCUAGAGAGAUAUAAAAUUCAAAGAUUGAGACUAUCUGAACUGAACUUUUGGUUGAUUCAAGGCUCUGCUUGGCUGUGUGGAACAAUCAUUUUGAAAUUUCUGACAUCUAAAAUGUUAGGUGUUUCAGACAAUAUUCGCAUGAUUGACCUUAUAACAGCCAAAAUCUUAAAAUAUACAGAUUUUGAUACCUUAAUUUAUACCUGUGCUCCUGAAUUUGACUUCAUGGAAAAAGCGACUCCACUUAGAUAUACAAAGACAUUAUUGCUUCCAGUUGUCAUGGUGAUUACUUCUUUUAUCUUUAAAGAGACUUUUCAUGAUAUUUUAUGUGUCUUAUCUGCAAAUACUUAUCAAAGAAAACAGCUCCUUGAACAUGGUGAGCUAAUUUUUCACACUUUGCAGUUGUUAGCAUUUACUGCCCUUGCCAUUUUAACUAUGAGGCUGAAGCUGUUUUUGACACCUCACAUGUGUGUUAUGGCUUCCUUGAUAUGUUCUCAACGGCUCUUUGGCUGGCUUUUUUGCAGAGUCCGUUUUGAGACUGUUAUCUUUGCCAUUCUAACAUUGAUGUCAAUACAAGGUUUUUCAAACCUCUAUAAUCAAUGGAGCAUAACAGGAGAAUUUAAUAAUUUGCCUCAGGAAGAACUGCUACAAUGGAUCAAAUACAAUACCAGACCAGAUGCUGUUUUUGCGGGUGCUAUGCCUACAAUGGCAAGUAUCAAGCUGUCCACUCUUCACCCUAUUGUGAAUCACCCACAUUAUGAGGAUGCAGGCUUGAGGGCCCGGACAAAAAUAGUUUAUUCCACAUAUAGUCGAAAAUCCGCAAGAGAAGUGAGAGAUAAACUGUUGGAGUUACAUGUGAAUUACUAUGUUUUAGAAGAAGCAUGGUGUGUUGUGAGAAUUAGGCCUGGUUGUAGUAUGCUUGAAAUCUGGGAUGCGGAAGAUCCUUCCAACACAGCCCAGCCUCCGUUAUGCAGCAUCUUGCUCAAGGAUGCCAGGCCUUACUUCACCAAAGUAUUUCAGAAUAGUAUAUACAGAGUAUUAAAAGUUAACUGAGAACGAGACUGUCCAUUACACUGUGAUGCAAAGAAGUGAGUUAAAAACAAUCAUUUUGGCUUAUUUUCAUUAAUAAAAAUCACAAACUUUAAUAAGGGAGCCCUAAAAGGAGAUAAUAAAAAUGAUUUACUUUUUCUCAUUACUAAAAGGUAAAUUAUUUCAUUCUUUUCUAUUGAAUGUCAGCUUUAUUAAGCUUGUUAUUUAAAUGGUUAAAUGAUUUCAUACUGCAUAAACAAAUGUUCAUCUUAGAAUUUUAAAGAAAAAUAUAUGUAAAAGAACAAUGAAAUUUAAUAAAUCAAGGAUAUGUGAGUCCUUUUGUUUCCAACUAAGUGAAUUGUUUUAGAUUUUCUCUGGUACCAGGAUAUAUCAGCUCAAACUCUUUAAAGCACUUAGAAUAGACUAAUGCAGUUUCUGAAAUGACACUUCCUUAAGAUCCUGAAACUGACCACAACUUCUUUACCUCUGUGAGGAAAUUUGUUUGUAACCAUGUGUCUAUUAAGGUUGUUUCUGCUUUUUUUGUUUUUUAUGGAAAGAUCUUUAAUAGCUUUUAAUAACUUUUUUCUUUUAUUAUUUCAAGUUAAGUAUUUUUAAAAACAGCUUAUUUUGUAAUGUUUUAAAUCUCUUGAAAUUUAUUUACCCAACCAGGUAAGUAUUUUCCACUGGUUAGUUCUCAACCGAAGUUCAACAAGUUGUUAAUCUGUCUUUGUAGUCCAGUGGUUUCUCUGUAAAUAUCCAGGUAAAAUAAAAUUGCUGUGGCAUGCAACCAAAUUUGAGAGUUAAACAUUAUCAGAAAAGAAGUUCCAGUUAAGUUUAUCAAAUGAGAUUCUAAGGUUCUAUAUCUUGAAUGAUGCAAAGGCAUUUUCAUCUUGAUAACCCUGUAGCUUAUUGAACUAGUCUUUCUUCCCUAUCACCAUCUUUUGUAAUAAUACAUUUUUAAGUCCUCAUUAAUUUUUGGUUUUUGAUGAGGAAGGUGAUGUUUAAUAAAUCUCACUCAAUAUAAAACCUACCCAACAAUAAUACUUUGAAAAGUGGUAGUUAUCUUGAAGGUACAAUUGCCAAAUGCAAAGAUAAACACUCUCUUUGUCUACCUGAUAGACAUUAAAUAUGUCACAUCUCUAAUAUUUAAUUUUGCAUCAACUUUAAUCAUAUUGAGAGUCUUUAUAAUUCCUUUAUGUUCUUGUCCUCUACAUUUGAGAUAACAAAAUUACUUAAUUCCAUAAAUUAGUUCACAUAUAGUACAUAGGAGAUUAUACACAGGAUUAUAAUUAUUUUUCAACUUUUAUGUUUGUAAAAUAUUUUAAUACAAGAUACAAAACAGCUGAGAAAGCAUGCCACAUUUCAUUUAUAUCUGCAUUUUCAAAUAAUUUAUUUGGUGAAGGUACAGGGAAAGAAGGAAAGGAAACAACAACUAACAUUCAUAAAAAUUAAAAUAUAUUUUGGAUGAUGUUUCAUAGAAAAUAUUUUAAAGAAGUUGAUAGAAUUUUUUUUAAAAAGAAGAGCUGUAUUAGUUAAUAAAAUAUUCAAUACAAAUACAUUUAUAGGGAUUUAUAUAAACCAAUAAAAUUAUUUUCAACUUUUGUAGUUGUAAAAUAUUUUAAUACAGGAAGGAUACAAAGCAUCUAAGAAAGCAUGGCACAUUUUAAUUAUUUUAGCACUUUCAAAUAAUUUGUUUUGGUGUGUAGGGAAAAGGAAGAAAAGAGAUAACACCUAACAUUCACAAAAGCAGAGUAACACAUUUUGGAGGUGUUUUCAUAAGAAAAAUUUUUUGAAGAAGUUGGCAGAGUUCAACAACAAAAAAAGAAGAGUCGUAUUAAUGAAUAAAAUGUUCCACAAAUAUAAUGUUUUAAUGUGGAUUUAUGUUAUUUCCAUGUGCUAUGGAUGCUGAAAAAUUAAAGAAGCUCUUGAAGAUGCUCUGUGUGUUUUUUAUCUUCCCUCAUCCUUUAUCAAACAUACAUUUUGAAAUUGAAUCAGUUCUUAUAUGAAGGUAGAAAUCAUAGGUUCUUGGAUUUAUUAACCAUGUUUACAUUGGCAAUAACCUUUCUUAGCCAUUUUAAAACAAUUAUGCUAAUCUCACACAGAAGGCACUGUACAGUGAUGGAAAAAGCAUGGGCUUUGUAACCAGAUGGAUCUAAAUUUAAAUUCUGGCACUUCCAUUUACCAUGCAUUCAAAAGAUAUUCAUUGAGCACUUAUAUGCUAGGCACUGUGUUAAGCUUGGUUGUGUUACUUGACUCCCAUGAACUUCAGUUUCUUCACUUGUAAAUCAGAACUCACACUACCUCCUUGUAGGGUCAUUAUGAGGAUUAGUAAAAUAGUGAGUAAAAACACUUAGCACAUAUAGGCAGGCACUCAGCAAAUGUUAGUUCCAUUUGCUCCCUCUCUCCAGCCCACUUAAUAACCAGUUCAGUAAUAUCACGUUACAUGGUAGGUUAUCUCACCUCAGAAUUCCAAAUAGUCUACCUUUUUUGUGUGUCAAUAGAAAGCUGGACUACAGCUUUCUUGUAUGCAAAUAAUGCUAUUGGCUUCUUGCUUGCAUAUAUUGUAUUGUUUUUUCUUUUGAAAUGUGAAGACUAUGCAUGAGCACUGUGAGUUGAGUGAUGGGCAGAUUUUUCCCAAGUGCAAUGAAGUGUUCUCCUUAGUUUCCUCUGAUCAUUUUUUUGCACAUUUGUUUGAAACCAUGACUAGAAGUGAGUCUCACACAGGCUACAAUCCGCUUCAUCAUCCAGUUGUCAGAAGCUAAUGUACUGUUUCAGUGAAUAAUGUGUGUGUCCACCUUUGCUGCUAAUAGACACCACAUCAGAAAACAUUGAGUACUUUUCAUGUUAAUUUUAAUUAUAAAAUUGUUUACAUUUUAUAAGUUUCUACUAUAAAAGCAAUACAAAUUCAUUCUAGAAAUUUAGUUUUGAAAAAAACAGGAAAUUAGAAAAAUUUUCAACAGGCACUAUUUAUGUGUCAUUGUUUUCUUCCAACCUUUAGUCAUAAAUAUUUUUCUUGUUUUCUUCUUUUAACAUAGAUUAAACAGUUUUAUACUUUGUUCUUUAUAUAGUAAAUCUGAAAGUAUUACAAAUCGACUAUUUUUAAUGGCUACCUAUCUUUAUUUUGUACAUUAUAUAUGUACAUUUAGGCACAUAGGUAUCUGUGUAUAUAAAGAUAUAUCUUAACCAUUGUUGAGCUAUUUCCA